AUGAAUAAUAUAAAUAAUGAUCCAUUUAAAACACCGAAAUUUAAAAGACCUUUAACAGUUGAUAAAUACCCCUUAAAUAAAAUAAAUAAUACUAAUAAUAAUAAUAAUAACAAUAACAAUAACUUUACAAAUCAUCAACCACAACAACAAUCACAACCACAACAACAACAAAAUGUAAAUAAUAAUGAUAUAGAAACACCAACUCAAAAUGAAAAUAUAACAAUAAUAAAUGAAAUUGAAAAAGAAAAAUUUAAAAAACAAAUUGAAGAAUUAAUUAAAGAAAUUCAAAUUAUUAAACAAGAAACUGAAAAUGAUUGGAGAAUUAAAGAGAAUGAAUUAAGGAAUGAAAUCCAAUCAAUAACUAAACAGUAUGAUAAUUUAAAGGAAUUUUCAAAUACACAAGAUCAAUUAAUAAAGAAUCAAUACUUUGAAAUUGAGAAACAAUCUCAAAAAUCCUAUCAACAAUCUAUGGAGGUAGAGAGACUGUUAAAGAAAUCCCAAUCACAGGAACAACAAAUCAUAACAUUAUUAGAGACCACCGAUAAGAAUAAACGGUUUUCAAGUGAUUUACUCAUAAAGAAUGCACAAUUAAAUGAAAGAAUAUUAGAACUUGAGAAUAGAAUUACAAAAUAUGAAGAUGGUACAAUAUCAAUCACUGAUAAUGAAAAACAAAUUCGACAGCAAUUAUCAGACUAUAAAUUAAAACUGCAAGAUCUUCAUCAACAAAAUCAAAGAUUACAAGCCACACAACGUGAACAAUCAAAUCAAAAAUCAAAAUCUGAACAAACACUACAAACAACACUAUCUGAGAAAUUGAAUGAAAUUAAUGCACUCUCUUUACAAAUUGAUUUUUUAGAAUUAAAAUUACAAAAUUCUGAAACUAAAUUAGCAGAAUCUAUAAACAUCUUGAACGAAUAUGACCAAACUAUAAAAAAUUUUGAAGAUACUCAAAAACAAAAAGAUCAAGAAUUUAAUCAAAUUUUACAAAUUAAUGAAAAUUUAAAAUUACAAAUUCAUGAAACUGAAUUUAAAUAUAGACAACUUUUAAAUGAAAAUAGUAAUAUAAAUAAUAAUAAUAAUAAUCAAUCAAUUCUAUUUCAAGCUAAAAAAGAAAUAAAAUCAAUUUCACAAGAAUUAAUUUAUAUUAAAGAAUUAUUAAAAAUGAUUGAUUCAACUAUAAUUUUACCAAAAAAUUUAAAACAAAGACAAUCAUCUUCAAUUUUUGAUAAUCUUGAAAAUUAUAAUAAUACUCCACCACCUGAUCCAAAUGAUCUAUUAUCAAUGAUGAAAUUUAUAAGAGAAGAAUUAUAUUCAAUAAAUUUAUCUAUAAAUAAAAAAUGUAGUGAAUUAUUACAAAUUCAUAAUUCAAAUCAAGAAUUUAAUAUAAAUCCAUCAAAUUGUUCAUUUCAAUAA